AACUACUUUUUCUUAGUGUGAGUUUGCGAAGCUUUGAAAACAGGAACCAAUUUAUUUUCUCGGCAACAUGUCCGGACGAAAUUUGAAGACGGAACGGUCCACUUCCUGUGAAGUUGUCAACAGAGGAGGGCCACGCGUGUUACUGGUUAAAAUGCCGAAGGCUCAGAAGGGGAAACCCGCGGAGAAAGUUGUUCACCCGUACAGCAGGAAAGCUGCUUACCUCGCCCGAGAAGAAAUCAGACUGAAGAGGAAAGAAAGGCAGAGGAAUGACAAAGCAACACGUCUGAACGGCAUCGGUGAGAAACUGCUGUGGUUUCAGGAACAGUUGGAUCCAGAGAAGACUGCUUACACCAGAAAAGAAGCCUGUGACAUCAUUGAAAGGUACCUCCAACGAUUCGAUUCUGAACUCGAACAGAUUGAGCUGAUGAACGGGAUCAAAGGUCGCCAGGGUCGUCUCCACGGUGCCAGAGAGGCCGUCAUCAAACAGACCAUCGAGCGAGAGCGAGCGCAGUAUGAGGGCAUUGGAUUUGAAAUUCCAGACAUCAUCAAUGGAAAGCAUCUGAAAACGUUCAGGGAGUGGACUGGUGAUCUGAAGAAACUUCCAAAUAUUAAACUGCGGAAGGUGUCUAACAAAGGUUUGGACUCAAAGAAGGAAGGAAGCGAUGACAAAUGUGACGCAGAAGACGACAGCGAGGACGACGACGGCUUGGAUGAUGAGCUGCUGGAUGACACGGUGCUGAUGUCAGACUCAAAAUGAGGCCGUCUUGGUAUCAGAACUCCUGUCCAGUCCAUUCAAGACCGUGGAAGUGAACAUCGAAUGGGCCUUUUUUUAUUUUAUUUUUUUUCCUUACAGAAAAAGUGUGUUUGUUGAGGGGGGGGACAACAUGCUGCUACUCCAUGACUGUCCAGAAGAUGGUGCCAAACUGUCAGAGAUGGAAAACUAAAAUUUUACCAGUCUGC